AUGUCGGGGGAAGAAGGGCCGCUCCUGACGCUCACCUUUGGCCUUUAUCUGCCGAGAUGCUGCUCCGUUGAGCAGGGGCUUCUCCAGGCGGCAGGGGGCGCCACAAGCCCUGCUCUAAUAGGCUACCGCUGGUUCCGAAAUGCGCCGCCACGGGGCGCAGCGCAGGACCGCCUCCCGUCCAGGAGCGAGUCCGCGGUGCCGGUUCCUGCGGUCCCUGAUACCUGCUCAGGUAGGACCUGGGCGAGUUCGGCGUCGCCACCUUUUCUGGGCGAGGUCGCCUGCCCUCAGCGCCCCGCUCUGCCUUUCAUGCGCCGAGCAAAGCGCGAGGAAACUCCCGAGCAAAAGCGGAGCGAGCUGCGUCUCCCCGACGGCGGGGGCUGUUCCCGGGUCGCUCUCUUUGGGGCUGGGACCCCGCGGGCUACGCAGGACGCGGCGGCGGAGGACGGGCGGCAUUUCUGCCCGGGACCUGCACAGGUGAGCAGUUCCCUGCGCGGCUUCUGGAGGCGCCCCCGGGACUCCGGCGCGGGGAGGUCUUUCAGCUCUGGAGGCGAGGAGAACCGCGGCGCUGGCAGCCCCGUCGAGGGCCCGGAGCCGCUGCGAGAGGAGCGACCCGACGGGAGGCGGGGGCAGCGGGUGGGCGGCCCCGGGCAGCGCCGAGGGAAACCGCGGAACUCCCUCCCGCAGGACGCGAUGGUGGGUCCCAACUUGGAUGAGGCAAAUUCAUGGAGGCGGAGAGGGCUUGGGAAGGCUACUGGCCAGGAUGGCUCUGCUCCGUCUCCAGUCCGAGGCAGCAGCAGCAAUGCAGGGCAGAGCAGGCGGAGAGAGAGGCUCUUGCGCUCGGGUCCUGCCUGGCAGCCUCCCCGGGGCACCCGGUUGGCCACUGGGCAGCCAGGGGGCUGGACUAGACGGGCUCCUCUGAGAUUCUUAGGGAACCCCCAGCUCCACAGGCAGUCUAUCUCGAUCCCUAGGUUUUUAGGAGUAUUUGGCCCCUGUGAGGAUGCUGGACGAGGUGGGCCACUGGCCUGGCCCGCAGGCUCUCCUCGUGUUCUUAUGGCAGAAGGGGGCGCGCAAGGAGGCCCGGGGUAUCCAGGGGGCGGGGGAUGCGGUGGAGCUCAUGACUUCGGAGCUGCGCGGUUCAUGGCAGGCGGAGGGAGAACGACUUUGUGUCCCGACUCCCGAGCACAACAACAACCCAGAUGAAAGAGGGGGCGGCGGCCGGGAAAGGGAGCUGGACCAGCCGGGCCGCAUUCCUGCUUCCUUCUGCCCCGCCUGGGGGCCGCUUGGCCCGGGAACCGGAGGAUCUUGGGGGGCGGAGAGGCUGGGCGCGGCUCCUCCCUUGGCUGGCACGCGCGCGCGCGAGAGAGAGGAGGAAGCAGCCUGCGGGGAGAGGCCCCUCUGCCUCGACGGGGGUCCCUCUGGCGACCGGCUCCCUGGUCCAGCCUGGAUGCGCCCGUGCGAGGGGGGAGGUGCCGGGGCCCCCCACGGCUGCAAGGCGGGGCCCUCGAAAUCGGCCCCCUCGCAAGGUUGUUGCUGUAUGGAUGACCAAACAGAGCAUCUCAUAGAAUCAAGGAAUUGUAUUCGGAGGGCCAUGCGGUCCAACCCGCUGCGAUGCAGCAGGAAUCUCCUAAAACGUCUAUUGCGCCUUCUUCGCCUCCCACCUCCGCUGUGGCGCCCAGCAGACCCGGCUGCCUUCACGCCCGACCAAGGGCUGCCCUGGCCCGUCGCUGGACCCACGAGCGCCUCCCCUCACCCCACGGGACCGAGUCCUGGCUCAGAUUGCGCUCCAGACGCCUCUCGGCGGCGCCUGUCGGGGGUUCCGUUUGCGCCUAGGUCACCCCCCCCCCCCAGUUCUUGACAGCCCAGCUGCCAAGCCACGCUCCCCGCCCCAAGUCGACCCCGUUUCGCGGGGGCUCGCUGCCUGGCCGGCGUGAGCAGUUGGUGUGAGCAGGGGAAGGGCCUUGAAAGCCCUAAACAGCCUCAGCCCAGUAGACCUGAAGGAGCGUCUCCACCCCCAUCAUUCUACCCAGACACUGAGGUCCAGCUCCAAGGGCCUUCUGGCUGUUCCCUCACUGCAAGAAAUGAGGUUACAGGGAACCAGCAAGCCGGCCUUCUCAGUGGUGGCACCCUCCCUGUGGAACGCCCUCCCAUCAGAUGUCAAGAAAAUAAACAACUACCUGACUUUUAGAAGACAUUUGAAGGCAGCCCUGUUUAGGGAAGCUUUUAUUGUUUGAUGUUUUCUUGUGUUUUUAAUAUUCUGUUGGAAGCUGCCCAGAGUGGCUGGGGAGGGCCAGCCAGAUGGUGUGGGGUAUAAGCAAUAAAUUUUUAUUUUAUUUAUUUUAUUUUUAUUAGAACUCCACCCCAGGAAGGAGUUUGCACCCAGGCAUCUACCCACCCACCUCCUUUUGGGAAUUUCCCUUCUCCCUGCCAGACUUUCUGGAUUUUAUUUUUUCUUCUGAGUGCCAGGAAUUGCUGGACGACUGGGGGCCUGGCUCUCUCCCCCCAACCUCAGGGCAGGAGGGGGCUUCUGCAGAGGGUCAUUUCAGGAGGGCAGCGUGGCAGGAGCCUGACGGGGUCUCUCCCUCCUGCCCCUGCUGCCACCCCCAAGAGAGCAGGUGGGGCUCCAGGAUGGCAUGCAGGAGGGAGGGGUCCUCUCUGGGGCAGCUCCUCCUCCUCCCUAAUGCUGUGGCAGCGCUUAUAGGGCAGAGGUCCAGCCAAGGGGUUUGGGGGGGCACACAGGUCAGGGCAAAGCCUCAGAGUAACCAGCCCCUACUCUGUGGGGGUCCCAGUAGAGAAGACUUAACCUGAAAUAGUUCGGGGGGGGGGGGGAGAGGAGGAGUGGGGAAAGGCUGCCCUGAUAGGGGUUUUUUUGGGCGGGGGCUCCCUCUUCCCCCUGCUUUAAUCCACUGAGUGAUACUACAGCCUCCUCCUUCCUUUGCUGCCCUUCAGGUGCCCAGCCCCAUGGCUGUGGGGCAGAAGCCAUGGGAGCUUUGAUGCAGUGAGGAC